CCUGUUUGAAACGAAUUUUAUUGUGACACGUUUAUAAAGAAAGUAACAGUACAGCAGUCGCCAUCAGAUAUCCAGCGCCCCACGGCAAUUGGAAGGCCCGGCUACUACGCUAGGAACCUAGGCCUUUGCUUAUUGUCUACGAAAGUAAACAGAGCGCGCGCACGUCACGCAAACUUCGCAGGAAGCCCGCGCACACUUUAGGGACGGUGGAAAAAAAAAACCAAAAUCAAGUGAGCGGCGUACAACUGGGCCAAUCGGUGGUCUUUCACGAGACUUCACCAACCAGUCGCAGCGAAGGAGAAGGGCGGGCAGUCGUGCGUGUGACGUCACGCGUCCCCCGUACUGGAUGGAAGCCCCACCCUUUGUGUUUCCCGCACCGUCAAUCAUAAUAGGGGGAAAAAAAAAUCCCGCGCCUGGCUCUCUCCGUCCGCAGCGCUGCUCGGGAUUAUUAUAAUAACUAUGGCCCGCGCCUGAAUAAACCGAGCGCGGCCCGCCAGUGUGGGGUUUGGUGCGAACUGGGGGUUUUUACUAAUCCUGCCACAAACACAAUGACCGGUACGUAAUCAAGUCCCGCCCGCGGCUAGUAGCUAACGGUGGCCCUAGCGAGUGAGCGUCCGAGCGCCUCAGUGACAGGGAUUGGGGUACAGGGACGCGGCGGAGUGGGAAAGCGGUAACUAUGGCGCUGUGUUAGCCUUCCAUGCUCCGUCAUCUCUUGUCUUUGUCCCCAGCUCCGGAGCAGCCCGUCAAACGAGAAGAAAUGGCCGCCCUGGAAGUAGACGGUCAGAGUGAAUAUCUGCAGCAACACGGAGACAGCAGCAGCGCCGGCGAUGACAGCGACCAAGGCGGUGGGCAGACAGAGGAUUUGGCAUCAGUGCAGAUUUCAGGAGGCCCAAAUAGAUGGGAAGUAUUGACUCCUGCACAGGCUGCUUUAAAAGAUGAAGCUGGAAACAUUGUACAGAUUCCAGGUGGUGCUACAGUAACAUCAAGUGGACAGUAUGUUCUGCCAAUUCAGACUCUGCAAAACCAACAUUUGUUUUCUGUAGCACCAGGAUCAGACACUGCUAAUGGUACUUUGUCUAAUGUCCAAUAUCAAGUAAUACCACAGCUCCAGACAUCUGAUGGACAACAAGUCCAGCUUGGCUUCACCACUUCCUCUGAUAAUGGAGGCCUGGACCAGGAUGGUGGUCAAAUUCAGUUAAUUCCUGGAAACCAUUCAGGGAGUCUUUUGUCCUCAAGCUCAAACAUAUUAACACAAUCUGGUCAAAUUCAGCAGAUUCAGGGGGUAACCAUUGGGGGUACAUCCUAUGCUGGCCAAACACAAGUUGUUGCGAACGUCCCUCUUGGACUACCUGGUAACAUUACCUUUGUUCCCAUAAAUAGUGUUGACCUUGAUUCUUUAGGUCUGACAGGCAGCACUGAAGCCAUGACCGCAGGCCUUACUGCGGAUGGACAUUUGAUAAGUGGACAAGGUAUAGAAAACUCUGAUAAUUCAGAAAGGACUGCAGAACAUGAACAUGUUUCUCCUGAUGGUGGGGAUCUCAACUCAGAUACAGAUUUGUUUGUGCCAACAUCGUCUUCAUCUCAGCUUCCUGUUACUAUUGAUGGGACAGGAAUGCUUCAGCAAAAUGUAAACAGUUUGACUGACAGUCCAAGUGGGCACAUGCAAACAUCUGAACUCCAUGGAAAUUACAUCCAGACAUCAAUGACUGAUGAGUCACAGAAUAUUCAGGUUUCCACCUCGCAGCCAAUGGUACAGCAGAUUCAACUUCAUGAUAGUCAGCCUACCAGUCAAGCCCAACUUGUGCAGAGCAUUGCACAGCAGGCAAUCCAAGCUGUUCAGGGUGGAGCUCAAGGUUUAUCUUCCCAAGCUUUGCAAAACCUCCAGUUGCAGCUUAACCCAGGAACAUUCUUAAUUCAGGCUCAAACAGUGACUCCUUCUGGCCAGAUUGCUUGGCAGACAUUUCAAGUUCAAGGCGUGCAGAACUUGCAAAAUUUACAGAUUCCAAAUUCUUCUGCGCAACAGAUAACCUUGACACCUGUGCAAACUCUCACACUCGGCCAAGUUUCAGGAGGGGGUACUCCUGUUAGUUUGAAUGCUGGCCAGUUGCCAAAUCUACAGACUGUUACAGUUAACUCUGUUGAUGCAGCUGGAAUACAGUUGCAUCAUAGUGAAAACUCUGACAGCCCUACAGCUAUAAGGAUUAAAGAGGAAGAACCUGAUCCAGACGAAUGGCAACUUCUUGGUGACUCUACUGUGAAUACCAAUGAUUUAACACAUUUGAGAGUCCAGGUUGUUGAUGAUGAGCUGGACCAACCAAACCAAGAGGGAAAAAGACUGAGAAGAGUAGCUUGCACUUGCCCUAAUUGCAAAGAUGGUGCUGGAAGGGGCACCAACCUUGGAAAAAAGAAACAGCACAUUUGUCACAUCCCAGGAUGUGGCAAAGUUUAUGGAAAAACUUCACAUCUGAGAGCCCAUCUUCGCUGGCAUUCAGGGGAACGUCCUUUUGUUUGUACUUGGAUGUUUUGUGGUAAGCGGUUUACUCGAAGCGAUGAGUUACAGCGGCAUAGAAGAACGCAUACUGGUGAAAAGAAGUUUGUCUGCCCUGAGUGUUCCAAACGUUUUAUGAGAAGUGACCACCUUGCCAAACACAUUAAGACACAUCAGAAUAAGAAAGGCAUUCACGCCAGCAGUUCAGUUCUGGCAUCAAUAGAAGCAAAGCCUGAAGAUACCUUGAUAACUACAGACGGAACAACCUUAAUCCUUGCAAACAUUCAGCAGGGUUCCAUAUCUGGCAUAGGAACUAUAAAUACUGGCACCAGCAAUCAAGAUCUCCUUUCCAAUUCCGAGAUCCCUUUACAACUUGUUGCAGUUUCCGGAAAUGAGACAAUUGAGUAAUGAUCCCACGACACCUAUUAAUGUUGGUUAUUUUUAUACAUUAGUGAGAUAAAGAAACCUUGUUCUUGAGUUCUUAGAUAUCUUUUUAUUGAUGUGCAAACUUUUUUUGAUUGAAAGUAACUUGGUUAUAUAUGACACUGAAAUGCCUUACUUUGUAUGCUAUUCCAUAAGUUUGAUGAAAAGGUAAAAUGUGCAUGGCUUUUGUAGGUACUUUUGGAAUCUAGUACAGAUGAUCUAAUUUUACCAUGAUACAUACAAGUAUAAAUAAUGUUGACAGAUGGAAAUGAUAGUCUAACCAAAUGCAUCAAUCCAGUGUGGUUUAGUGUAAAAAAAAAGACAACCCAAAAAUUAAAAAAAAAAAAUACAAAAAGAAACAGAAAAAAAUGAAGAACAUGUUGGUAUUUAUCUAUUGUAAGAUAACAAAGUUGAUGGGUGAAAAAGACGUUAUGAUAAUGAAAUUUUGUAAUUUUCUCAAUGACUGGAAUUUUUUAAGUAUGCAUAACUGACAAAUCACGUUUCCCAGCAAAUACUAUGUAGACUUGGCUUUAUCUUCAUUCACCAACUUAUCAGUUAACAGUCAAAAUAUAUAUAUAUUUUUUUUUUUUAAAAUUAGGUAAAAACUGUACACCGUUUUAAGCAUUUUUCUUGUAAAAAUAUACAGCAAGGUUUUAACAUGGAACUGUAGGCAACGGCUGCUGUCUAAGAAUGUUUUGAAAAGCCAUGUGCAAGAUUUCAUUUGCCAAAACAUGAUCUUGUUCAAAUUGUUUGUCCUGACGGCAAUAUAUAACCAUUGUUGAAAGUAGGUUUAAAAGAAUUUCAAGUGGUUUAAUGUUAUGACUUAAGCACCCACUUUAUGAACACUGGUGGACCAAAAAUGAUUGUGAACUGUGUUUAGCACAUCUUCCUUUCAAUCUUGUGUGUAUCCAACAGCUUCAAACCCUUCAUUGUAAAUUCAUUGUAAAUGAACAAGUAAAGCGUUUGCAAACAUGAUUUUUAUCUUUCCAUAGUCAAACCACAAGGCAUACAAAUCCUAGUCCUGGGUACUGGGGAGAUAUACAUGGGUGUUUAUUUUAUUUUCCUUUCAUUUAGUUUUGUGAAUCGGCAUUUAAACACCUUUUUUUUUUCUUUAUCCUAUUUUCUUUGUUUUGUUGCUUCUACCCAUUAAAAAUUGUAUGUAUCGAAUACAUUUACCUGAUAAAUAUGUAUAUUUUUUUUUUAUUACGUGGCUGUAUUUUCGUUUUAUUUUUUAAUUGUUUAUAUUUGCAACAAUAGAAAAGUGUAAAAAAAAAAAAAAUUUUACAAAGUUACAUUGCAGGAAUGUAAGUGCUAUUCCAUUUUUCUAAGACGUAGUAGAAAUAAAAGAAAAUAAACUGCAGCGGCUCCCAACAGUUCACCUAGUUGCAGGCUUUGUUUGGGUCUCUGUUAUUCCUACCACCUCAGAUUUAAAAAAAAUAAAAGCUACCUUGAAGUCUAUGUUCCAAAUGUAUUAUAACAGUGUGGUAGUUAAUAAAACACUAUUUUCUUUCUUUUGACUUGCUGUUUUGCUAUUCAUUAUCAGAUAAAGAGAGAUGCACCCUUUCCUUGCAAAGUUAAAUGCAGGUAAUUAUUGUAUAUAUUUUAUUCAUGAGCGACAUUUAUGGAGGGGACCUCCCACAUAUAUUUUAAUCCUUUUACGUGCAGCUGCAUCUUAUCACAAUGAGAUAUUAACAAAUAAAAAAAUCUUGCAUUUUUAUCUAUAUAUAUAUAUAUAUAUAUAUAUAUCUUUGAGCAGGAAUCGCUCAAUGGCCUCAAAUCAACAGAAGCCGCGAAUACAUUUUGGGUUUACUGUAAAUAGUUACAGGCUAAAUAUAAAGUAUUUUGACCACUUGUCUCUCUUUACCAAUGUUUAUGAUUGGAAGAUGAAUACUGUAUCAUAGAUGGGUUGCUUAUAUGGUUAAAAUUCUUGUUUUAUGCAUUAACGUCCAUUUCAUAGAUAAAAUGAAAGACUGAUGAGAUUUUGGGGGGUUUUUUUCUUUUUUAAAUCCAUUUAAACGAAUUUGUAAUGUUUUUUUGUCACUUGUAGAUGAUUUUAUUGCAUAGAUUGGAGAAAGUGUUUUGUGUUCUAUGUUUAUGCUUCAGUAUGGUUCUUAAUCCUAGAUGGCUGUAUUUUAAGCAUGUUCCUAUAACUAGCUCACUUAAAAUGUUUGUUUGUUGCCACAAGAGAGACCACUUCGGUAUCACAAAUGCAACGUUAAAUGUUUUUUUCACUUUUUAUUGGGCUCUUCCUACCCUGCUGUUCAAAUUUCCUAUAUAAUACAAUAAUGAUUGUUAAUGUCCAACUUUGUUUUUGUUUUUUGAAAGCCAGAUUUUUAUUUACCUCUCUUAGGUUUAUCAGCUUUCUGGGUCUUUUUAUGAAGAACAUCAUUUCAACAGGAAUCUACAACUUUUGAUAUUAUGCAGCCCUAUUGCAGGCAAGCACCUUACCAUAUAUAUCUGUAACUGCAACAACCAUUGUACAGUUGUAUGUAAUAUUAAAUGUUACGGCUUGUUCACAAAGCA